GUUUUUACACCAGAGAGGCGCUUAGACAGAUUUGAUGAAUUUUUGAAAAAUGGCAGGUCGACUCCUCCUGCCUUUACUGCUGCUGUCAGCUACAGGUGGAGUAUCAACUCAAAGUCAAGGACCCCUCUACCCAAUUGCUGGAACAACAAGCUCUCAUUCAGAUGAUGGAAGCUCACCUGCAAUUUCACUCCUACGGACCUUUAACUAUUUCGGACGGUCGUACUCUCAGAUUUACGUGAACCACAACGGACAUCUGACCUUUGAUUAUCCAUGGUCAAGUUUUUCUCCUCAGCAAUUUCCAAUGUAUGGAACCAUAGACAUCAUUGCUCCGUUCUGGACUGAUUUAGACAACAGAGGCAAUGGUGAUAUCUACUAUGUUCAGUACACCAACGGCUCUCUUCUCCAACGAGUUACACAGGACAUCAACACGUACUUCCCAGCUCUYAACUUUCAGGCCAACUGGAUCUUUAUAGCAACAUGGUAUGAAGUUGCCUAUUUUCCAACAACUGGAACACGAACAACCAUUCAGGCAGUCUUGACUACCAAUGGCCAGUAUUCAUUUGUGCUGAUGAAUUAUGGGUCAAUAGCCUCCACAUCAAGAUCUAUACAGGCUGGAUAUGAUACAGUCAGUUCCUCUCACCACUUCACCAUCCCUGGAUCAUUCUCUAGUAACGCAACUGGACCUAACUCAGCUUUUAGUCUCGGCAGUAAUGUCAACGUACCCGGUCGCUGGGCCUUCCGAGUCGAUCAUGGAUCAUUAGUAUGUCAUUUUAAUGGUCAGCCUGUUCAACUUGGUGACUCUUUCUGGAGUGACAGCACCUGUGCACAGAAGUGCACCUGCACCAGAGCAGGGCUGCAAUGCUCCAACAAUCGGUGCUCCUUUUCCMAAAUCUGUCGGCCAGCUGCCUUUCAGUACUCUUGCCAGACAGUGCAAAGACGAACCUGCAGCAUCAGUGGAGAUCCACAUUACUACACCUUUGACAACUCAGUGUUUCACUUUCAAGGCACAUGCACUUACGUUCUGUCAGAGCAGUGUCAGAACGGACUGCCCUACUAUAGAGUGGAGGGGAAAAAUGAGCAUCGCGGCAGCACUCAUGUUUCAUGGACAAGAUUGGUCAAAGUCUUUGUUCAUGAUCAAACUGUAGAGCUGGUUAAAGGGCAUUAUGGAGAGGCUAAGGUUAAUGGAAGUUUUGCAACAGUUCCAUUUUCCCUCAGAAAUGGCUCUAUCCAGGUUUAUCAGUCAGGUUUCUCUGUGAUCGUCAGCACUGACUUUGGCCUGAUGGUGUCUUAUGACAUGUAUUCAUAUGUCCAGAUCAGUGUGCCCUACACUUACCAAAAUAGCACAUGUGGACUCUGUGGAAACUUCAACAAUCACCCUGGAGAUGACUUUCGAACCCGUCAAGGUGAAGUGGUGAACUCUGAUGUAGUUUUUGCCAACAGCUGGAAAGCAUCUGGUGAUGAUGAGCCCRGCUGUGAAGUUCAUUGUGCAGGUCUGGCCUGUGCCGGCUGCACAGCAGCUCAGACAACACUGUACAGAAACUCUGCCCACUGUGGUAUUCUGGAGAACAGCACAGGACCGUUUGCUGCAUGCCAUCAACAACUCCCUCCAAGAUCUUUUGUAGAUAGUUGUGUGUAUGAUCUCUGUGUCAGUGGAGGGUAUCAGCCCAUUCUCUGCCAAGCCCUAAAUGUCUACUCAAGUCAGUGUCAACAAAAUGGGAUC